CAUCACUUGUGUCAGAUCGAACUGCAGCAGAACGGCAAGCAAGAAGGCAUCAGCCGAUAAGAGUUCGAUAAAGUCUCUACAAUAGCCCGCAUAAAAUGGUGAGUAUCAUCGGCGCCAGCGAAGCCAAUUGAAUUCCAGCACGAAAAUGUACCCGUGGAAUUCGGCAGCCUACAAUAGUAAUUUACUUACGAUCCAGAGAACGAUUCCGCCAAAUGGAUACGACGAUCAAGACAAGCUCCUGAGCGACGCGCUUGGGAUCGUACGCAGCCAAGCGUUCCAGAUGAAGCGAUGCCUGGACAAGACUCGACUGAUGGACGCCCUCAAGUGCGCCAGCACAAUGCUCGCCGAACUACGGACGUCCUUGCUAUCGCCCAAGAGCUACUACGAACUGUAUAUGGCGAUCACAAACGAACUUUGUCACUUGGAAUUGUAUCUUCUCGACGAGUUCCAAAAGGGGCGGAAAGUGGCCGACUUGUAUGAGCUCGUGCAGUACGCGGGCAACAUUGUGCCGCGCCUGUACCUCCUCAUCACAGUCGGACUCGUCUACAUCAAAACAAACAGCGCCUUGAAGCGCAGCAUUCUAAAGGAUUUGGUGGAAAUGUGCCGUGGCGUACAGCACCCGCUGCGCGGACUGUUCCUGCGAAAUUAUCUGCUCCAGUGCACCCGCAAUAUUCUGCCAGAUGUGGUGCAAGCAGAAGACGAGAAUGAGGGCAACGUUUUCGACGCAAUUGAUUUCGUCCUGAUGAACUUCGCGGAAAUGAACAAACUCUGGGUCCGAAUGCAACACCAGGGACACUCGAGCGAGAAGUCACGACGUGAAAAGGAGCGCGAGGAGCUGAAAAUCUUAGUGGGCACCAACUUAGUGCGAUUAUCACAACUCGAGUCGGCCACCCUGGAGACCUACCAGAAGCUAAUAUUACCCGGGAUCCUUGAGCAGGUGGUAAGCUGUCGUGAUGCUAUCGCCCAGGAGUAUCUUAUGGAGUGCAUAAUACAAGUGUUUCCCGACGAGUUCCAUCUCCAGACCUUGGACCCGUUUCUGAAGUCUUGUGCCCAGUUGCAGUCCGGCGUAAAUGUCAAAAAUAUCAUAAUCUCGUUAAUCGAUCGGUUGGCUGCAUAUAACCAGAGGAACGAAAAGGCAGCUGGGGUCGAAGAAGGUGCAUCCGUCAUACCAGCAGAAGUUCAAUUGUUCGAUGUAUUUAGUGUUCAAAUAGCAAAUAUUGUCCAGACGCGAACAGAUAUGCCAUUAGAGGACACCAUAUCACUUCAAGUUGCGCUUGUAAUACUCGCUCAAAAAGUAUACCCCGAUCGUGUCGAUUACGUUGACAAGGUGUUGGAGACAACCACUCAAAUCUUAGAACGAUUAAACCUAAACAACAUUUCGCACUUUUUAUCAGUCAAUCAAGAACUAUCCCGUCUCCUACGUAUCUGUGUUGAUUUUUACAAUAAUGCCCUAACCAUCAUCCAGUUGAAAAACUUCUGUCCACUACUUGACAAAUUCGAUUACACAUCGCGAAAAUCACUUGCACUUUAUAUUGUGAUGAACAUUCUAGAAAACGAAACAUUCAUUCCGACAGCCGACGAAACAGACAGCGUUCUGGCGAUGCUGACGCCAUUGAUAAAGGAUGAAGAAGAUCAACAACAACAGCAAACUACACAAGAAAAAAUCGAUCCAGAAGACUUUGCUGAAGAACAAGGAAUUGUUGCAAGAUUCGUUCAUUUACUCGAAUCUGACGACCCAGACAUGCAAUACAAAAUACUUCAAGCAGCUCGAAAGCAUUUAGGACUUGGUGGGCCGCAAAGAAUUAAGCAUGUUCUCCCGCCACUAGUAUUCGCUGCUUAUCAAUUAGCAUUUAAAUACAAAAGCAUUGCUGAUAAAGAUCAAAUGUGGGAUAAAAAAUGCCAAAAAAUCUUACAAUAUUGUCAUAGCACAAUAGCAGUAUUGGCCAAAGCUGAAUUGCCGGAAUUGGCGCUUCGUUUGUAUCUUCAAGGCGCUCUCAUUAUUGAUCAAAUCGCGUAUACAAACCACGAAACUGUUGCCUACGAUUUUAUGACACAAGCAUUUUCAUUGUACGAGGACGAAAUAUCUGAUUCAAAAUCUCAAUUGGCCGCCAUAACCUUGAUAAUUGCGACUUGUGAACAGAUGACCUGCUUUAGCGAAGAAAAUGCUGAACCAUUGCGAACGAAUUGUGCUCUGGCCGCUUCGAAAUUGCUUAAAAAACCUGAUCAGUGUCGUGGUGUUGUUACAUGUGCGAGUCUGUUUUGGAGUGGAAAGAAAGCUGGUGAGGAAAUGCGGGAUGAGAAACGAACGCUUGAGUGCCUUAAGAAAGGAGCUCGAAUAGCUUCACAAUGCAUAGAUCCCAGUGUCCGGGUCCAACUCUACGUCGAGCUUUUAAAUCACUACCUCUUUUACUUUGAGCGCGGAAACUCACUUAUUACAGUUGCAAUGUUGAAUCAACUUAUCACUAAAAUCAACGAAGAACUACCAACACUAGACUCGAGUGAAGAGACAAAACAAAUUGAAAUGCAUUAUAAGAACACAUUAGUGCACAUUAGAAGCCGGAUGGAGUCGAAUGAUUCGACCCUGGAAAUUUCAUUCGCUGGCAUUACAUUAAACUAGGGUAUGUUGUGAAAUUAUAAAUUAACUAAAAUAAUAAAACAAAUUACAUAAUAUAGUUUAAAACGUGUAGAAGAACGCAAUUGCUUUUAAAGCCAUUGGCAAUAUUCAUCAAUUUAAAUAAUAAUUGUAUUUUAGUAAAUGUAUGUAUUUGUUUAAUAUAUAAUAAACAUUUAUAAUUAUUUCAA